AUGUCUCCCACCAUCAGCGCGCAGGUGAAGCAGCAAAUGACUGCUGCGGCGUUACCGCACCACCAGCACAGCGGCUGUGCCUCCCCUUCAUGGCUAAGCAUCGCUCUACCUGGCGGCUCGUCCCCUGCACCCGGUGCCGAGCCACUCGGACCCCUCGCGAGGGGAGAGCAGCAACGCUCCGGACUCCCCGAGAGCAGUCUCCCUCUGAUGAGGCCGCAGCCCCGGGUGGCCAGAGCAGAGGCAGGAGCCGAGGAGGGAGCAGAGGGGUCCCGGCAGCCCGGAGCCCCCCGAGCUGCGGCUGGAGGCCGCGGCUCGACACGAGGCGAGCAGAACCCGCAGCCGGUGGGGGGGGCUCCCGCUCGGCCAUUCCUCCCGCACCGCCCCUCGCUCACCCCCCGAGCGGCCCGGCUCCCGGGGCAGGAGCCCCGCCAGGGCCCGCACACCCGCGCCCCGUACCCCCCCGCCGCAGGGCCCCACGGCGAGGCGGCUGUCCUGCCGCGGCCCUGCCCCAGCGCCCCCGGCCCGGUACCUGCCGCCCCCCGGCGCCGCCCCGGCCGCUCCAUCCGGCUGCGCCUCACCCGGGCGCCGGCGUCCAGCCGUCACGUCACGCCGGCGGGCGGAAGUCCGCGCGCCCCGCCGCCCCGCCCCCGGCCCCGCCCCGUUCCCUCGCCCGGCGGCAGCGCGUGCGGUACCGGGGCCCGGCCGGACCCCCCCGGGCAGCGGCAGCGCUGCGGGGAGGGCUCGGCCCUGCCAGGCCGGGGCACCGGGCGCGGGAGAGCGGCUCCGGCGCUUCGGGCGGGCCGGUGGUUACAGGUGCCGCCGGUGCCGCAGCGGAUCCCGCAGGCUGCUGCAGCGGCGCGGCUCUCACACCAGCCCCGGUACAACGGCUCCCCGUGCGCACCCGCUCCCCCGCGCACGCCACCGCUCCCAGUCACCCAGUUGUCCCAGUUCCCCCGAGCACACCAGAUCCCCAGCUCCCCGGUGCACACCGGUCGCUCCAGCCCCGCGGCUCCCCGGCUCCCUGGUGCACACCGGCUGCCCCGGUUGCCCGGUCCCCAGCGCACGCCCCUGCCCGCGGCAGGCGGGUUGGCGCAUGCGCAGCGCAGCGGCGCUGUCCGUUCAGCACCACGCGGAGCUGGGACCCGCCGGGACCCGCCGCUGCCGAGCCGAGGGACCCCCGGGAAAGACCGGUCCCCGGGGCUCAGUUCCCACAGCACCCCCGACCGGCAGCCGCUGGGCCCCGCUCUCCGCAAGUACGGGCCUGCCUGCCCUUGCCCCCCUCGUUCCCCCCCGGGUCUGGGGCGGGACGGCACUGCCCGCUGCGGCUCGCUGCCCCCGGCCCGCAGCCCCCCACCCUGCCAACCGGCUCCUCGCGUUUUGCUCCCCCACCGGUGCUCCACCUGUCCCCGUAGCCCUGGGGUGCGGGGUCUGUCUCCUUGCCGGCAGCCCCCGCCGAGAAGCGGCCCGGGCUUCUGCCGGCGCAGUUGCCAUAACGACUCGACAGAACCAGACGCUGCUAUUUCCCCACUGCUCUCCUCCCCGCUGCCGGUUUGUGGGCAGCCCUGUACCCCAUCGGAACCGCACUUGUACUGCUCACACCAGCCCUGGACGGGUGACCCCAUCCCUGGCUUGGAUCCGAGCCCUGCCGUCUUGCGCGGCAUCAAGCUGCAGAUCACUGCUGGCAACAGGCACUGUAAAAAGAUCCACCUGGCAAAAGAGCAGGGCCCAGUGAAGGAGUCCCACAUCCCUGGUCCUACAUUCCCUGGAACAAGUCCCAGGUUCCCUGGAAAGCAAUGA